AUGUCUUCCAAGGACUUGUUGCUCUUGGUCCUCAGCUUGGUGGCUCUCACCACCCCGGUCCUAGCCGACUACACCAAGCUGCCUGAGCACAACAAGCACAAGCCCCACCACUAUGGGGCCAUGCCGCCCGCUUGGGCACGACACCACGGGCACAUGCCGCACCACAGGCCUGGCGCCCCAGGGCCAAUGCCCGAGAGCCUUUUGGAGAAGCCGGGUUUUGGGCACAAGCCGUUCCCAGGCCACCACCACCCACCAGCCCACGCCCCCUUUCCGCAUCACGGUCACCACUUGGCUCACGUGCCAUUCCCGCACCACGGCCACCACCACGGAGCGCGCCCGCCAAUGGAGAGUGGCAAGGGCACCCCCCACAAGCCCCAUAUGCCUCACGUGCCGGCUCCGGGUCAUCCCUAUUGA